AAGAAAAAAGACUGCACUUCAAAGGGAGCUGAUGUAACAGACCCAGGCACAGAGACAGAGGAGAGUUUAGGGGCGUCUGACUCCACCCAGAGGCCAGCAGAUUCCCAGACACCCAACUUCGAGGGCAGUACAAUGGAGGCCUUCUCUACAGAACAACCUAUCACAAGCUCUGGUACAAGGAUGCCCCAGUCGCCACGGAGACCAGCACAUCAGCUGCCCCCUCGCCUGAACAUCCACCCUGCCCCGACAUCAGAACUGGGGCCACCUGCUCAGCGUAUUCCUGUUCGUCGAGUCCCUCAGCUCACUUCCGGGGUGUCGGGCAGCGCUCAGCCCUUCUUUGAAGAUGAUGACAGGAUGGUUCCCAGCACUCCCACUCUAGUGGUGCCACACCGCUCCGAUGUUUUUGAUCAGGCCAUCCAUUCGACCCAAGUGGCUGGUGUACCUCGCUUCAGGUUUGGUCUUUCAGAGGACGUGCCACCGACUAGCUCCUCCUCGCACUCUGACCUAGGACAGCUCGAGUCACAAGGAGGUCUUGGAAUAUAUGAAAGCCCCUUGUUCCUAGCAACUCAUGAAGAAGAGUCUGGUGGACGCAGCGUUCCCACUACACCGUUGCAAGUUGCAGCACCAGUAACUGUAUUCUCAGAGGUGGCUCAGUCUGACACCACUGAACACGCCUCCCAGUCGGUUCCCAUGGUGAGCACGUCCACACCAGGCCCGGUUGUGCCAGGAGCAGCCAGCACAGGGGAGGAGAGAGACGACGUCUUCCUGGAGCCAGACACUGAUAGGUCCAGUGCAGAAGUGUCAAUGGAUCCAGUGGUCUCGCAGGGAGACAUGGAGGAGCCGAGCCAGCCAUCUGACAAGGCCAGCCUCCCUUCCACCAGCCAGGAGCCAUCCUCCAGCUCUGCAGAUACAAGCAGUGCUCCACCUAAACCCUCUCGACCUGGACCCAGCAGACAGCUGCAGCGCUGGCCUGAACACCGCGGUGGUCGCAUGAAGAGAGGAGGUCAGGGAUUUCCUCCUCGGGGUGUACAUGGGAGGCGAUUUGCGAGAUGAAGCACUAAUGAGAAAACUGGUCGGUGACUGGAGAACUUGCCGUUCCCAUCAGAAACACAUAAGACAUUUUCUAGUGUUCAGAUUCUGUAUUCAGCCUUGAUAAUGUUCACUUGUUCUGAACCCUGUUGUUUUUUGUUUUGCUUUAGUUUUUUAAUGUGCUUGUAAAGUACCUUUUUGUAAUCAGUCCAUGCUGAAGCAGUGAGUUUUAUGAUGAAUGUAAUAAACUUUGAAACACCA